AUGGACAAAGCUUUUCUUAUAUCCUUGCCACUCUUAACCAUGACGGCAGCUGAAACAAACCCCAACUGCUCCAUCCAAGACCACAACAACGUCUACAUCGGAGAGCUCGUCAAGAAACUCAAGACAGCGGCUUCACUGCCCGAUGUUAACGUCAAAAAAUCAAAGAAGCUAAAAAUAGCCGCAUUACUAACCACUGACCGCAAAAAAGCUGCCUUUCUUCAAGCACUAUCCGACCUACACCUAAGCUGCAAGCGAGGUGAUGAUGACCGAGCAUUACAAACGCUGAUCGGUCUCGCUUCUAAGGCGGCGGCACUGGCUCAUAUGGCGGGGACCUCUGCGGCACUAACGAAACUAGCUACUCUAAAGAAAAAAACAGACACAAACGCCUUCACAACGGGCACAAACUCAGCGCAACGGAAGAGAAUUGCUGUGGACGGAGCAAAAACCGGCAUAAACACAGGCAAAUGCACAAUUCACUCUUACAUAAACGCCGAAGCACCAGCAGGCGCAGAUAAGGCGCUCAGCAACUGGCAGCAUAGUCUUAAAGUGGUCAAGCCUGACACCACGGCAGCAACCCAAGGCGCAACUCAAGCAAUGGUAUGCGAAACAACCAACGGACAAUGCAGCAGUAGCAGCAGCGGCAAUACAGCCGGGAUUUCGUCAGGCACGUUGUACAAAACAGACCCAGCCGCAAAGCAGCAGACAGGAAAGGUGAAACCAAGCGCGACAACAAAGGAAUGGGUGUUCCAUUCGGACAAAAUCGCGCAUCAAGCAGCCCAACUCGACACCGAACUUUCAGAUGCGCUAACAACAUACGCUACAACAACUGACAGCUGCGAACCGUAUAACAAACUAGACAACAAUAACUUCAUCCUACGAGUCUACAAAAUUGCCAAAGGAGACGACACAGCGACGGAGAUACCGCAAGCAGAACGGAACAAUAUUAAAAACAUAGUUGAAAGCAGCUAUGGCAAGGACCCAACCACGUAUGAGGAAACGAUAUGGAAAGGAGUGAAAGCGACACCCCUAACAAAGUCCAACUCUGGCAGACCUUCAGACACCAAACUAGACAGUAUCACAACACUGAAUGAUUUGCAGCAGAUCGAAGCAUUCAUAGAGGCCUCAGCUGCGAUAAAACAAAACGAGAGGAGCAGUGCUAGUACAUCUGAAUGCAAGGCACAAAUUGAAACAGCAUCGGCAUGUAAAGGUAAGGAGAAAAAGAAUUGCAAUAGUAACUGCGAAUGGGAAGGAACUGAAGACAAAGGAACUUGCAAACCUAAAAAUGAAGAAGAGGGAGUGAAAGUGGAAAAUGAUGGAAAAACAAACACAAACACCACAGGAGGCAAUUCAUUUGUCAUUAACAAGGCCCCUCUUUUGCUUGCAUUUUUGCAUAUGGGACAAAAACUGUGUCAAACCUUUUUUUUGAGGUAA